AUGGAAAUCCCCCGACCCGGAGAGGGAGAUGUCGAUAUUGGCUCUGGCACAUUUGCAGCUUGCUGGGCGCUUACUGGAGUGGUUGGUGUCGCUCUGCUCUUUCGAUAUGCCGUCAAGUCUUGGGUUCGCUGGGCUCUGCCGCAGGUUACUGCACCUGGAAGAAUUUGGGGCAUCGAAGAUAUGUUCUUCCUAGUCGCUUAUGGCUUUGAUGUCACUCAUAUGACAUUUAUUCAACUGAGUGCCAAUUGGGGUCUCGGACGUCACUUCUUCUACCUUAGUGAAGAAGAAAGAUUCCACGCUAUGAGGUGGGACUUUUUGUCACAGCCUAUUGCCGUCGCCUCGGCGAUGGUUUCAAGAACCGGCAUGAUGUGGUUUCUAUUGACAUGCUUCGCAGCGAGUGAUCGGAAACUUCGAAUGUCGAUCAUCAUCUGUGCUAUUGUCCAAAUCGUUGCAAAUAUGGUCACCAUCGUACAGAUCAUUGUCCAGUGUGGGCCUAAUCCAUAUCACUCCGCGAAUCGUGUUCAAUAUUUCAAAUAUAUGUGGACUCCUUUGCCAGAGGAUGGAUCGGUCGUGUGUCAAUCACCAUCUGUUCAAACGACCGUCGGGUUUGUCCAGGGAGGCUUCAACACAAUUAUUGAUUUCGCGCUCGCUGCUCUUGCUGCCGUGGAAUUAUGGCAGUUUUUCUUGCGAACGUUACAUCGCGAACCAAAUGUUUCAUUCUGGUCUCAGUUUCACAAAAUCAACAGCACAGUACGAUCACGUCGCAUCUGGCAGACACUUACCCUGAGCGGUCCUCUUAUACUCUCCGGUGCCGCUUCAAUUGUGAAGACUUAUAAACUCAAAUCGCUCGGUGACCGACUAGACUUUACUUAUAACAUCGUCUCAUUUGUCCUCUGGGUGAAGAUCGAAAACUACAGCAUCCUGCUCGCUUCCUGCGCACCUGUCGCCCGUCUCUUCCUUCGCGCUAUUGUUGACAACCGUCGCGAUGGCAAACCAGUCGGCUACUGGUCCCGAUCUCGCUCGAAUAAUAAUAAUAAUAAUAACUCUGAUAAUUCGAACGAUACGGAGCUCAAGCGACGACAAAAAGACCAAUGGCUGGACUCGGCAACAGCGACAGCGGGGAAUUGGCAAGAUGAAGAGAAUGAUCCUCCGCAUUGGGGUACCACCGAGCGUUCUGAGAGUCGGAUCUCUCGAGCGCAACAGCCCGAUCAUUUGGAUGAUGGAUUUGUGACUGUCAAAACGGAUAUUGUUGUGCAGGUUGAUGAUGGGCGGUCUGUUUCCUCUGGUGGUGCCAGGUUACUGCCUGAGGGGAGUGAACCGCUUCAUGUGCAUAGGAAGGAAUAG